CAGCGAACGAAGCCAGGCCCCGUUGCAUUUUCCUGCGAUGCACGCCUGUCCAAAGCAUUGAGUGUUGAGUUAGGUCGGUGUUUGGACGGUUCCCUAGGAAUAACCGGGUUAAAUUUUAACGUUUUGUGUGGGUUAACUUGAAAAAUUACGAAUUUUCCUUGACGAAAAAUUACCAAUAACGCGAAAAUUUGAACAAAAUGUGCGCGCAGUAAUUGUGCGUUUACGCGUUCGCCCCCCACUCUGAUGUGAUGCGUUAAAAAUGGUGCGUAUUUAUGCGUGCGGUUCUUAAAGACACGUGUUAGAGGUCUUAAAUGUCGUGACGCACUACCGAACACUUCUUGGUCGGAUAUGAUUGGGGACACAAUGGACGAAUCGAUAGGAUCCAACAAUAAUACAUUGGAUCCAUCAACAAUAAGCGAAGAAGACUUUGAACUUCACACCACUUACAUCGUACCCGAUCUACCAGUAGAUCGGGACGUACCUAAUAAGGCCGAAGCGACUCUACCCAGAAAUUUAAUAUUGAAACCAUCAAAUGCUUUGUCAGAUGCCCAAGGAGUAUGGAGCACAGGAUAUAUCCCACGAGGAACAAGGUUUGGCCCCCUCGUGGGAGAAAUUUACGCCAAAGAUGCUGUGCCCACGUCGGCGAACAGGAAAUAUUUUUGGAGGGUACAACUUAGAGAAGGAUUUUGCCGCCAUUCGUCUAAGGAUUCAAAGAUCUACAAAGACAACGAGCUGUUCUACUACAUAGACGGCUACGAUAUUUCCAAAGCCAAUUGGAUGCGCUACGUGAAUCCAGCAUAUUCAAGCGAAUCUCAAAAUUUAAUAGCAUGCCAAUACAAAAUGAACAUUUACUUCUACACAAUCAAGCCCAUUCUACCCAAUCAGGAGCUAUUGGUGUGGUACUGCAAGGAAUUUGCUGAACGGCUGAAUUAUCCUUUAACUGGCGAGCAAAUGCUACAGAGGAUAAGACAACAAGUACAACAAUCUCCAGAAAUAAUGUCGUCGGUAACGCCACCGGAACCGUCUGCCAAAGAUCCCCAUUACGAACACCAAAUAACACCGGCAGAGGGUAGCGUCAGAUCGGACGAAGGGUACCACAGCAACGGGUACCACGACGACGCUUUUCAACCUCCCGAAGACACUAGCGAUACGGAUAGUGAAUGCAACUACGUGUUGGAUUUCAGCAAGAAACCGGAACCGAAAGAGAUCGAUAUGAUUCAGCCAGCUACGCCGGAAUUUUUGAAAAACGAGUACCGGAAAGUGAAAAUUAAGAUCUCGAAACCGUACAAAUCGCAUAAAGGGGAAAGUGACAAUGAAACCGAAAAAGACUUAUCGCCGAUACACGAAACCGCAGUACCUGAAAUCGCAACGCUAGCUCCUAGACUAAUGUCGCCGCCCAUCAUGGUGGCCACUGAUUCUCCAUCAGCCACAGAAGUUCCUAAUAACAAAGUAGCUUUUUACGAAUCCGAUUACAAACCAUUGGCCAACGGGUAUAUAAGAUACACACCACCCACAUCCAGUAUAUUAGAAAAUAUUUUAUUGGGCAAUCGAACUGAUAGUAAUAAUAACAAUAAUAGUAAUAAUGAAAGGCAAUCGAAUUCGGUUACACCGCCACCGAAUUCCCCUACGGAGAUGGCUUACAGCUAUAAAAAGAGUCACCGAUAUGGUACAAAACCUUGCAGUCCUGAUUCAAGUUCUAAUGCUCACUUAGAACAAGCAUUUGCUCAUUCUUGUGCGACAAAAAAUGUUGAUUCAACAGACGAAGAUCAUCUGUAUAUGACUUCAGAGCAUUUACAAGCAAUACAACCAAAUUAUUAUUCAACAUCUUAUUCACCCACAGAGAUUCCACACCAUCACAAUAACGCACCAUCACCAAAUAAUAACUUCAACGAAAGACCUACAUCUAAUGUUAUAGUAACAAAUAACUGCGUCAUAAACUCAAACUUGACGCAUCAUCUAUUAACACCAAUGACUCAAUACGACAGUAGCAAUAACAGAUCGCCAAACUCAAAAAGUCCCGAUUUGAGGUACGACAUUAACGUUAUUUCAAGUCCUCUAAGCCCAAAUGGAUCUCGAGGCUAUAGAAGCCUACCUUAUCCGCUAAAGAAAAAAGAUGGCAAAAUGCAUUACGAGUGUAACGUUUGUUGUAAAACAUUUGGCCAACUCUCCAAUCUCAAAGUCCAUCUGCGAACUCACAGCGGCGAGCGGCCCUUCAAAUGCAACGUUUGCACCAAAUCGUUUACACAACUCGCUCAUUUACAAAAACACCAUUUGGUGCACACAGGCGAACGGCCGCACGAAUGCGGCAUAUGCAAAAAACGUUUUUCGUCGACAUCCAACCUCAAAACCCAUUUACGACUGCAUAGCGGUCAGAAACCGUACGCUUGCGACUUUUGUCCGGCGAAGUUCACUCAGUUUGUACAUUUGAAGUUGCACAAACGGCUGCACACCAACGAGAGGCCGUACAUUUGUCAGGAGUGCGGCAAAAACUAUAUUAGUGCGUCCGGAUUGAGGACGCAUUGGAAAACUACGAGUUGUAAGCCGAAUAAUAUUGAGGAGGAGCUCAACGAGGCACCAUCACCGAAUGGAUUUUAUGAUUAUAGUACGUCUGAUGGAAAUUUAGGUCUUGUAGAACCCCAAGAAGAGCCUCCGUUCCUUCAUCACACGUCAAUCGAACACAUCCACGCCCAACCAAUCACCAUAACCAGGCCGAUGACAUUAAUACAAAAUACGAGUCAAAGGCAAACUCAAAACUUAGCACCCAACAAAGAGACCCGACCCAGCGUAAUCGAGUCGUCUCAACCCCACAUAAUAGAAUGUACUUAAGCAUAGUAAUCUCCUGGAUAAAAAAUUAAAUGCUUAUUCAGGUUUUAUUUCUCGGGUGUAGUAGUUUUUUUUUUGUUUGUUGACUUUUGAAUGAUAGUUUUUAUUUUUUUCUUUAAUUUAUUUUUUUUUUCUUGGUGGAUUGUAUAGUGUAUACUGUGUAUAGAUCGUAGUAGGUUCGGUAACAAAGUAUGUCUUUUAUUUUUGAUGGUACACUGGAAUGUUUUCUCAAUUUUUCAGGCAUUAUUAUUGCCCCUUUAGCAUUGAUAAAACAAAAAAUUAUGCUAAAUUAUAUUGGAAAAAAAUUGAACUUUAUAGUUUCAGAAAUUGUAUCUCCUUUUCAUGAAUUCAUUAUCAAAUCUAUUUUUUUCAAUUACUUAAUUAUUUUGUCUUUUUGUUAAAAGAGUUUAUUAUUAUUUGAUGGGGUACCACCAAAAGAUAAGUAUAUUUUGUUAAAAAAAAAAAACAUGAAAACAUUCUUUGAGACCGUUUUUAUCGUGAUAUUUACUCUGUAAGUUUUCCUUUUUGUAAUGAUACUCAAGGCUUCGUAAUAAUUUAUAUAAAUAAAAUAUUUAUUUUUUAAGUAAAUGAAUUGGAUAUUUUUGGCUAUGAAGUUGAUAUGUAGAAAAAUCCAUACGUAUUUCCAUUUGCAAAAAUAUUGCUCAGGCAUGUAGGUAUACAUAUGUAUUUUUUUUUUAAAUAUGAUUUGGUGAGUGUGGUAUUUGUCUGAAAGCUGAUUGAUGGUUUUGUUUUUAAUUUAUUAAUUAAAUUGAUAGCCAAUGGUUUAAAUUUUAUAGACUGAUUAUGGAAAGCAAUAUUAAAAAUUAUGUCUUUUUAAAUAAAUUUUAGAGUUGUCGUUUUUAAUUGUUUGAGGUAGUGAUACGCGCUCUUAAUUGUAGGUAUCAUUGAAAGACAAUUUUUAUUGUAUGUAAGUGUAUUAUUCAACAUAAAAAAUACAACAGUCAUUUUUUGUUACUUUUUUUUUUAAAUUUACAUACAAAUUAAAUAUAGGUACACAGUGUUGUCCAAAACACUUAGUAUAUUCUGAAUAAAUUUUAAAGCGGAUUAAAGAAAAAAAAGCUGUCUUGUCUUAAAUUCAGUAAAACUAUAAUAUAUAGGUAAACAUAAUUAUAAUAUCUAAAAUUAUUAAUUCUUAGAUAGAUUCCUCUUAUUUGAAAAAAGAAAGUGUUUUUUGGGAAAACAGUAUUAGGUAUAUUUAGGUAACAAAAAAAAGGUUUGUUCCAAAGUCACUAAAAAUUGUUUUAGUGAUUUGGAACAAUAUUUUUAAGUCCAUCACAUUCGUUGUACAUUAUGGAUAUGAGUUUUAUUGUAAAUAUUUUUUUAUCAUUUUUUUUUUUUUCACACAAAAACUGGAUGACUUCAAGAUGCAUACACACAUAUUGUAGUUUUUGUACAUUUUUGUAUAUUUUAUUUUCGUGAAAAGCAAAACUUGCCCCCCAGCCCUCACACACUACAAACCCCUGUUGUGUAUAAAAUUAUUUAUUAUCAAAAUGUUUUUAAGUGACAGCUCUGUACUACUAUUUUUUAUGUUAUUUUAAAAUAAAAAAAAAAAAAAAUAUGUUGAUAAUAUUUUUGGAGAGUAGUUUAUUUUAUUGACCCCAUCCGAGUUAACCCAGACUUCAUUGAAAAUUGUAUCACUAUGGAUAGAAAAAUUACAUCUUAGAAGCAACAAGGUGCAAGAUGAAGUCAAUUUGUCAAGGAUUCUCUGUUAACUCUUCUACUAAUUUCUGUCAGAGCUGAUUACAUUUCUCCGUUUUCUUAUGAUCUGAAUUGAUUUUUGAAGUACUUUAUUUUUUAGGAAUUCUAUUGGUUUCACUUCUAUGGAUCUCAGAUUCCCAUUAUUUUAUGUUGAAUGUUUGCUUCUGCAAGCAUUGUAAAUAAUUGAUAACAGCUGAUUCGGUUUUUCAAAAUUAUUUGCAAAAUGUUUUCAAGAAUCUGAUUGGUGCCAACUUAUGUAUGAAGUCUUUUACCAAUCAACAGUUUCUUGAUUUACUUCCAAGAAAACCACAAAUAAUGAAACAACUUAUUUAUUUUUUUUGUCAUUUUUUUAUUAUAGGAAGGAAAACAAAAAAAAAAUCACAAAAGAGCCUUUGUAAGUUUUGACAAAACCUAAUAAUUUUUAUUACGAAUAAUAAUUAUUAUAACCUAUUUUUUUUUCUGGUAGUUAUACAAUGCCUAUGUACGUAUGUAUGCUUGCAAUAAAAGAGAAUCGAUUUUUUACGUCAUUAAUAAAUAUGUAUAUUUAAAAAAUGUCCUCUCAAACUCGAGAUUGAAUAUUUUUUAAGAAAAUGGUUAAUAUUUUAUCCUAACAUUAAAAUAAAAUGCAUUGUCCACCUAAGUAAAUAGCGUAAUAUAUUUCUCCUUUUCAGUUAAUUGUUUUUCCUCGGACACACAAAUAAAGAGGCAAUCAAAAUGAUUGACUUCAAUUUACCACCAAUCAUCGUGGCUGUUUGAAUUGUUGUAGUUGCCUCCAAAAUUGGCUCCUCUAUCCAUAC